GAAUUAGAUAGCAAACUUGAACGUGUCCGAAAAUAAAGGGCUGGAGGAGAUGAAGGAACUCUACUGAAUUUUUUUUGUUAGUUUCCAUUGAGCCUGGAACAGGCUGGUCCUUUCCAGGGCUAAAGCUUUUUGAUUUUCUCAACUGAUUGAAAAUUCUAACGAUUGAAAACCUGCCCUUGAACUCGUGGCAUAUUGUUUUGUCAGAUACCCGAUGAAGAUGAGCUGCUUCUCUUGUUGCAUGUCAGAAGAGACUGUCAAUCGAAAAUCCUUGAAGAAAAGCAUUCAGGAAUAUAAAGAUGCCAAAAAGCUAGCCUCCUUUGCCAAUAUCUCGUUCAAAUCUGAUAGCAGCAAGAGGAGGUACAUUGCUGAAGAGAUAGCAAAGAUCGGCAAAGGGAAUAUUACUGCUCAAAUAUUCUCAUUCAGAGACCUGUCCGUUGCAACUCAAAACUUCAACCCUGACUCCUUGGUGGGUGAAGGUGGGUUUGGUCGCGUUUACAAAGGGCACAUUGAAAGCCUAAACCAAGAUGUUGCAGUCAAGCAACUUGACAGAAAUGGAUUCCAAGGAAACAGAGAAUUCCUUGUGGAAGUGUUGCUUUUGAGUCUUCUUCACCAUACUAACCUUGUCAAUUUAGUCGGAUAUUGUGCCGACGGUGAUCAGAGGAUAUUAGUUUACGAGUACAUGUCCAAUGGCUCCCUUGAGGAUCAUCUUCUUGGUAUGUCUCCCGAUAAGAAGCCUCUGGAUUGGAACACUAGGAUGAAAAUCGCUGAAGGGGCGGCAAGAGGGCUCGAAUACUUGCACGAAGCAGCAAACCCUCCAGUGAUUUACCGCGAUUUCAAAGCAUCUAACAUAUUGUUAGACGGGGAAUUCAAUCCAAAGCUUUCUGAUUUUGGGCUAGCCAAGCUUGGUCCAACUGGUGAUAAGUCCCAUGUAUCCACAAGGGUAAUGGGAACUUAUGGCUAUUGUGCUCCUGAGUACGCAUUGACCGGUCAGUUGACGACAAAGUCUGAUGUUUACAGCUUUGGAGUGGUGUUCUUGGAAAUAAUCACAGGAAGGAGAGUCAUUGAUAAUUCAAGGCCAAGCGAAGAGCAGAAUCUGGUUACUUGGGCACAACCUCUAUUCAAAGACAAAAGAAAGUUUUCGUUAAUGGCAGAUCCAUCGCUGGAAGGGAACUACCCCAUAAAGGGUCUAUACCAAGCUCUUGCAAUCGCGGCAAUGUGCCUCCAAGAGGAAGCUUCUGUUCGUCCUCUGAUCAGUGACGUGGUAACUGCUCUCACGUUCUUGUCGAAUAAAGAGGAGGGCGAUGAUGAAGAAAAGGAGAAAUCGCCUUCUGGAAGAAACACAGUUGAUGAUGUCGAAAAGGAUGCGCCGGAUGGUGCCUGGGAAAGAGAUUGAGGAAGUGUGCCAUGCAUUACAGCUACAUCUGUAACUCGCUAUUUUUUUUGAAAUGAAUAUAGACCCGGAAAAUCUCCACAAAAAAUUCGUACAUAGUACUAUGUGAAUUAUGACAUACACACUACUCCACCAUCUUGAUAUAUUGCACACUUCUUGGAAUAAUGUUGUUUUUUCAGUCACUUUUCAUUUCAUUUUUUGUUCUUUUUCUACGUGUUUUUGCUGCAAAAUGUGGAUUCCAGGGGACACAGAUCAAUUUAUAGCAAAAGUGUAAAUAAAGAAUUAAUGGAGAUAGGGAGAGCCUUUGGUGCAGCA